AUGGUCGAUAUAGAGUCUUUGGUCAGCGUAUCGUACAGCAGUCCGAAAGUUGAGAGCAUGGUCGUUGAUAUCUGUUCUCCCGGUCAAGAUGAUGUAAAUGUAUAUACUGAUCAGAUUAAAGAGUUUGUCAAAGAUUUUUAUGAAAAUGGACCUGGUUCGGUGGGCGAAAAUUUAGAUUCAGGUGUACAAAUGCUAGAGGAAUACGAUGUAAAAUUCAAUGUAUUACUGGCUGAUAAAGAUGUAAUGAAAAACACAUCAGCAUUGUUUGAAAUGCCGCAAGAAUCUUACAUGCUGCUCGACGUUGCAUACAAAGAGUACCAUUGCUUGCGCUCAAUUUACGAUUUAUAUUCACGUCAAAAAAGCGCAAGAGAUGAUUGGGCUAAAACACUGUGGUCCGAGUUAAAGCCACAGUUAUUGUUAGAAGGCAUGGAUAGUUUUAUUAAAGAGUUUAAACAAAUUUCUAAAGCAUGUCGUUCAGUGCCCAUUGCGUUGGUCUUAGAUAUGCAUAUGAAAAAAUUUAAAAAUUCCAUUCCACUAUUUAUUGAGCUAAAGAAUGAUGCAAUGAAAGAAAUGCAUUGGAAAAAGCUAAUGGAACAAACUGGUCAAUUUUUCGAUAUGAAUCCUGAAGUAUUAACGUUAGAAAAUAUUUUUAAUAUGGAUUUAGCUCGUUAUAAAGACACGUGUAUGGAAAUUGUUGCAAAUUCAGUAAAAGAACUGAGCAUUGAACGGAGUAUCAAUGACGUUGAAAAAAAUUGGGAAAUUAUGAAUUUGACUAUUAUCGAAUAUAUAAAAAAUGAUACAUUUCGAGGAAUAAUUUUGGGAGAUUUAUCUGAAGUUUUUCAAUUACUGGAAGAUAAUAUAAUGACUCUUCAAAGCAUGGCUGGUUCCCAGUUUAUUGGUCCAUUUCGAUCAGUAGUAGAUAAAUGGGAUAAAGACCUAACAUUUAUUAACAAUACCCUCAUCACAUGGAACUUAGUACAAUCAAAAUGGAUGUAUUUAGAAGAGAUAUUUCUUGAUGAUAAAUUUCGAAUACAGCUGCCCAAUGAAGCAUUAAAAUUUGAUGGACUAAAUCAAAAAUUUAAAGAUAUUAUGAAAAACACAUUAAAAAAUCCAAAAAUAAUUAUAUUAAGUAAAAUGCCGGAACUAUUUACAGAACUAACUAGUUUAUUUGAAGGACUUGAAACAUGCCAAAAAAUGCUGAAUAAAUAUUUAGAAACGAAACGAAACUCUUUUCCAAGGUUCUAUUUUUUAUCUGAUAAUGAGCUGUUAUUAGUUUUGGGUAAUACCAAUCCAAAUGGUGUACAAGAACAUAUUGUAAAGAUGUGGGAUAAUGUGGGAAGCUUAAUUUUUGUAAAUGAUUCUCGUAAGAAUACUUUAGUAAGCGGUAUGGUUUCGUGUGAAAAGGAAAUAAUGGAAUUUAAGAGUCAAGUGAUGGUCGAUGGAUCAGUUGAAAUAUGGAUGUUGAGUGUAUUAGUGGAAAUGUGGAGAUCUAAUAAGUAUUUAAUAAAAAAAUCAAUACUUGAAUACGGAAAUACCACAGGGUCUAGAUGUGAUUGGAUGUUGAACUAUCAAGGACAAAUGUGUUUGGCUGCAAAUAGCGUAUGGUGGACAGCCGAAGUUGAAAAUGUUUUUUGGGAAAUAAAAGAAGGAAACAUAAAUGCAAUGAAAAAUUAUUUAGAAAAAUUGAAUCAACAGAUGGACGAGUUGAUAAUACAAGUGAGGGGGGAGUUAUUAUCAAACGACCGAAAAAAAUUUAACACAGUUUUAAUCGUUGACGUUCACGCCAGAGAUGUAAUUGAAAAUUUAGUUCGAGAUGGCAUUAUAAAAAGUCAAGAAUUUGAAUGGGAGAGUCAGUUAAGAUUUUACUGGAAAAAAGAUGUUGAUAAUUUAAUCAUCGAUCAGUGUUCAGGGACAUUUUCGUACGGAUACGACUAUAUGGGAUUAAAUGGACGUUUGGUUAUAACACCGUUAACAGAUAGAAUUUAUUUGACAAUAACUCAAGCACUUUCAAUGCAAUUAGGUUGUGCUCCUGCUGGACCAGCUGGUACUGGAAAAACUGAAACAGUUAAGGACUUAGCGAAGGCAUUAGGAAUAUUGUGCAUGGUUACAAAUUGCGGAGAGGGGAUGGACUUUCAAGCAUUUGGUAUGAUAUUGGAUGGUUUAUGUCAAUGUGGAGCUUGGGGUUGCUUUGAUGAAUUUAAUCGAAUCGAUAUAUCCGUUCUGUCUGUAAUAUCAACGCAAUUAGGCACAAUUAGGAAUGCAUUAGUUGAAAAGAAAAAAAUGUUUUUGUUUAGGGGUAGAGAUACCAUCCUCGAUAAUAAGGUUGGAAUAUUUAUUACGAUGAAUCCUGGUUAUGCUGGUCGUACUGAAUUACCAGAAACCGUGAAAACUUUAUUCAGACCAGUCAUAUGUGUACUUCCCGAUUUAGAACUAAUUUGCUUAAUUAUGCUAUUUUCGGAAGGAUUUUUAAAUGCUAAAGUAUUAGCGAAAAAAAUGGCAGUUUUAUAUAGCUUAGCCCGUGAACAAUUAUCAAAACAAUCACAUUAUGACUUUGGGUUAAGAGCAUUGAAAUCUGUGCUCGUUAUCGCCGGUGAGUUAAAACGAAAUGCGCCAAAUCUCGAUGAAAAUGUAGUACUAAUGAGAGCGUUGAGAGAUAUGAACUUGCCUAAAUUUGUAUAUGAUGAUGUACCACUAUUUUUGGGACUUAUAACUGAUUUAUUUCCUGGACUUAAAUGUCAUCGAGUAACGUAUCCCGAGUUUAAUAAUGCAAUCGAGGAAGAAUUACGAAAAAAAUAUUAUUUACCAUUAGAAAAUCAGAUGGAUAAAGUUACUCAAUUAUAUGAAACCAUGAUGACAAGACAUUCAACUAUGGUUGUAGGUCCUACUGGAGGUGGAAAAACCGUCGUUAUUAAUACACUAGUUAGUGCCCAGACUUCACUUGGGUUACCAACCACACUGUAUACACUGAAUCCUAAAGCUUGUACUGUUGUUGAACUUUAUGGUUUUUUUAAUCUCGUCACUAGAGAUUGGACUGAUGGACUUCUUUCAAAUAUAUUUCGUGAAAUAAACAAACCUAUACCAGAAGAUAAACCAGAAAGAAGAUAUAUACUAUUUGACGGUGAUGUAGAUGCUUUAUGGAUAGAAAAUAUGAACUCAGUUAUGGACGAUAAUAAACUUUUGACAUUAGCAAAUGGCGAACGUAUACGACUGUUACCUCAUUGCGCGUUAUUAUUUGAAGUAGGAGACUUAAGGUAUGCUUCACCUGCUACUGUUUCCAGAGCCGGUAUGGUGUAUGUAGAUCCUAAAAAUCUUGGCUACACUCCGUACUGGAGUAAAUUUAUAUCAAAUAAAAUAUCUGUUGACAGAGAGCCCCUAAAUAUGCUAUUUGAUAAAUAUGUACCCGUUAUUUUGGAUCGUAUAUUUGAUGGUAACUACGGAUUUGAAAUUAUGAGUCCGUUAAAGUUAAUUAUAUCUCAGACAAAAUUAAAUUUGGUUACCCAGAUGUGCUAUAUUUUAGAUGCUGUCUUAAGCCCUGAUAGUGAUCAAAUCACUGAAAUAUCGACGAAUAAUUCACAAAGUUUACAAGAUGAAUCAACCAAAGUUGUUGAAGUGACUGAUGAAAUGGAAGCAAUAUUCAUUUCAGCUAUUUAUUCAUCAUUAGGAGCACCACUGGAAGGCAAUUCUCGAUUAAUAUUUGAUGAGUUCGUAAAAAAAAUUUCUGGAUUGAUUAAAAUGGAUGAUUCUCCAUCAAAACGAGCUUCUUUUAAAUUCAUUCCUUGUCACGAGGAAACGUGGUAUGAAUACUAUUUGGAUAUUGAGCAACAAAUCUGGGUACCAUGGAACACUCUUGUACCUAAUUAUGAACAUAAUCCCAAUAUUAAAUUCAACGAAAUACUAGUACCAACCGUUGAUUCCACUCGAGUCACAUGGUUACUAAAUCUUAUGACUGACGUAAAACGCCCAGUGAUUCUAAUUGGGGAAACAGGAACAUCAAAAACAGCAACAAUGCAAAACUUCUUAAGAACGCUAGACACUAAUCAAUUUAUGCAAGCAAAUUUAAAUUUUUCUUCUAGAACAACUUCUUUAGACGUACAAAUGAUUUUAGAAGCAAAUGUUACAAAGCGAAACAAAAACAUAUAUGGACCCCCAAUUGGUAAAAAACUUGUUUGUUUUGUGGACGAUAUGAAUAUGCCUCAAGUCGACACAUAUGGUACUCAACAACCAAUAGCACUAUUAAAAUUAUUUUUGGAAUCAGGAGGAAUGUAUGAUCGUGGUAAAGAACUAAUAUGGAAGUCACUAAUUGAAAUUUAUUUGUAUGCAGCCAUGGGUAAGCCUGGAAGUGGUAGAAAUGAAGUAGAUCCAAGGUUUAUUUCAAUGUUUUCAGUUUAUUGUAUGGUAUUUCCCUCAGAUGAUACAAUUAAUCAUAUAUUCAAUUCAAUCCUUUCGGGUCAUACGCAAAAUUUUAACGAAGAUGUCAAAAAAAUAGUUCCGGUUAUCUUAGAAAUGACUUUGAGAUUAUACAAGAUUAUUUUAUUAGAACUUCCACCUACUCCUAAUAAGUUUCAUUACAUAUUUAACCUUCGUGAUUUAAGUAGAAUAAUUAACGGAAUGCUUUUCACAAAUCCAAUAAUAUUUGAUAAUGUUUUGAGUUUUGUCAGAGUGUGGAGAAAUGAAUUUACUCGUGUAAUAUGUGACAGAUUUAACAGCGAGCAGGAUGAACAAUUAAUGACAAUGCGAAUUGAAGAAACGUUGGGGAUUUAUUUCCCGAACGAAAAGAAUGAAAUUCUAAUAAAUCCAUUAAUUUUUGGUGAUUUUAAAAAUGCAUUAAAUGAAGAUAUCCCAAUAAAACUAUAUGAAGAUUAUCAAACAUAUGAAGCUGUACUGAAAAUGUUUAAUGAGAUUUUGGCGGAAUAUAAUGAACAAAACCAAAAAAUCGAUAUGGUAUUAUUUAACAUGGCAUUAGAACAUUUAACUAGAAUUCACAGAGUGUUGAAAAUGGAUACAGGGCAUAUAAUGCUCAUAGGUGUUGGUGGAAGUGGUAAAGCACUGAUGACUAAACUAGCAGCGUUUACUGCGGGAUGCGAAAUAUUUUCCAUCAUUAUUAGCAGGGGAUACAAUGAAACAGCAUUCAAAGAAGAUUUAAAAAGACUAUUUUUGUUGUUAGGCGUUGAAAAUAAACGUACAGUGUUUUUCUUAACACAGUCUCAAAUUUCCGAAGAAAGUUUUUUGGAAAUUAUCAACAAUAUAUUAAUGGUUGGAACUGUACAAGCAUUGUAUACAGAAGAUGAAAAAACCGGAAUAGCAAAUGAAGUCAGAAAUAUCGCUAGUAAUGCUGGUUAUGAAAAUACUAAAGAUGGUGGUUGGACAUAUUUCAUAAAAACAUGCGUAAACAAUCUUCAUGUAGUUCUCUCUAUGUCACCUGGAGAUGAACUCAGAGAAAGAUGUCGUAAUUUUCCCGGCUUGGUAAAUAAAACAUACAUAAAUUGGAUUUUCCCUUGGCCAGAACAAGCUCUGCAUGCUGUUUCAGAAUCAUUCAUAAACAAUGCACAAUCAAUACCCCAAGAUUACAAACAAAUUAUCACCAAUCAUAUUGUUUAUACACAUAAAACAAUGAGUGUCUAUACUCAUGAUUUUUUGGUAAAAUUAAAGCGCAGAAAUUAUUUAACUCCCAAACAUUAUCUAGACUAUAUAAAUGUAUAUUUAAAUUUGAUUGAUGAGAAAUCUGCUAUUGUUGCACGUCAAUGUGAAAGAUUAUUGGUUGGUUUACGAAAAAUUGAAGAAGCUACUGAACAAUUAAUAAUACUUAAUGAACAGCUAGAAAUACAAAAAGUUGUUGUAGCCGAGAAAACUUUAGCGUGUGAAAUUAUUUUACAGGAAAUUUCAGAAGCCUCUAAAACAGCAAAUACAAAAAAAGAAAUUGUAGUUGAAAAGACAAUUGAAAGUAAAGAAGCUGGUAAAAUAAUAGUCGUUGAGAAAGAUGAAGCUCAAGAAAUAUUAAGCCAAGCGUUACCAGCAUUAGCCUCUGCAAAGGAUGCGUUAAACAAUUUAAAUAAAAACGAUAUUACAGAAAUAAGAUCAUUCGCUACACCACCAGAACCUGUACAAGUAGUUACUGAAUGCGUAGCCUUAAUUCUUGGUUAUAAAGAAGUUAAUUGGAAGGUGUCCAAACAAAUGAUGUCAGAUCCACGAUUUUUAAAUACAUUGAAAGGAUUAAAUGCGGAUGAUAUUACUUCAAAACAACAAUCUCUAGUCAGGGCAAAACUUAAGACUUCUAAAAAAAUUGCCCUUAUGAAAGAUAUUAGUAAAGCAGGAUAUGGAUUACUGUGUUUUGUUGAUGCUGUUCUGCAAUACUGUGUCGUGUUUAAAGAAGUUAAACCAAAACAAGAUAAACUCAAAGAGCUCGAAAAAGACCAUGAACUAGUAACCAAACAGCUAAUUCAUCUGAAUAAGGAAUUAAAUGACAUAAUGUCUACACUAAAUAAAUUAAAUGAAAAAUAUAAAAAUGCAAUGACUGAGCGAGCAAUUAUUCAAGAAGAGAAAGAUCUCAUGGAACGAAGAUUAAUUGCAGCUGAUAAAUUAAUUAAAGGUUUGAGUUCCGAGAAUACUAGAUGGAAGAACGAUUUAGUCGAUUUAGAAGAGUAUAAGAAAAAAAUAUUUGGGAAUUGUUUGAUGAGUUCGUCAUUCUUAGCUUAUACUGCACCAUUUUCGUAUGAAUUUCGUGUUGAUAUGUUAUUCAAUAAUUGGCUUACGAAUAUAAUACAAUAUAGAAUACCGAUAACCGAACCAUUUAAAAUUGAAAUAGAACUUGCUGAUGAAGUUAUGAUUGCUACAUGGAACUCAGAAGGACUACCAUCUGAUGAUUUAUCAAUUCAAAAUGGCAUUCUUACUACGAGAGCGAGUAGAUUUCCAUUAUGUGUCGAUCCACAGCAACAGGCAUUGAAUUGGAUAAAACAAAAAGAAGAACCAAAUAGUUUAAAAACAUUGUCAUUCAGCGAUUCUGAUUAUUUAAAAUAUGUAGAAAAUGCUAUUAUUUAUGGAACACCUGUACUAUUUCAAGAUGUGGAGUAUAUAGAUUCAAUAAUUGAAAAUGUCUUAGAAAAAAAUAUAAAGACUAUUUCUGGUCGAAAGUUUGUAAUGUUGGGUAACAAAGAAGUAGAUUAUGAUGAAAAAUUUCGUAUGUACCUAACUACAAAAAUAGCAAAUCCAUUUUUUUCUCCAUCCAUUUAUACGAAAGCAACUGUCAUAAAUUGUUUGAUCACACUGAAAGGACUUGAAGAUCAACUAUUAGGUAACGUAGUUAAAAAUGAAAGACCCGAUUUAGAACAACAAAGUGAUGAAUUGGUAAUGGAAAUCAGUUCAAACAAAAGUCUAUUAAAAAAUCUUGAGGACUCGCUGCUUCGUGAAUUGGCCACAUCCACAGGAAAUAUAUUAGACAACAUAGAUCUGAUAGAAACAUUAGAAGAAACUAAAUCAAAAGCAAGCGAAGUUAUUGAAAAAUUAUCGUUAGCGACUACAACUGCAAAAGAAAUUGACGUACUUCGAAACCAAUUUCGUUCAGCUGCCACUAGAGGAGCUUUGUUGUUCUUUGUGCUGUCAGAUAUGAGUACAAUUAAUGCAAUGUACCAGAAUUCGCUUUCUAGUUAUCAAAAUGUGUUCAAAAUAUCUCUUAAAAAAGCAAUGCCUCACAAAAAAUUAAAAAAAAGACUAAUGAACAUUAUUAAUACAUUUACUGAGAACCUGUAUAGAUACGGAUGUACAGGUAUUUUUGAAAGGCAUAAACUUUUAUUUUCAUUUCAAAUCGCAGUGAAACUUCAAAUAAGUACAAAUAAUGUAACAAAAUCUCAACUUGAUUUUUUCAUUAAAGGAAAUAUCACACUAGAAAAAAACUUAGAAUAUAUAAAUCCUAUCAGUUGGCUAUCACCACAAAAUUGGAAAGAUAUUGUGAAAUUAUCCAAAGAUUUUCCAGAAAUAUUCCUUAAUUUGAGUGAGGAUGUAAUAAAAAACAAUACAAACUGGAAAAGCUGGUAUGAUCUAGAUAUGCCAGAAUCAUCGGAACCACCUUAUCCGUUUUCUGAAUUACUCGAACCCUUUUACAUGCUCAUGUUAUUGCGAUGUUUUCGAGUGGAUCGCACCUAUCAAGCUAUUAGCAAUUAUAUAGUUUUAGUAAUGGACGAAAUGUAUAUUACAACACCAACUAUUGAUUAUGAUGCGAUAUACGCACAAACUGAACCUCAAAAUCCUGGAUUGUUUAUUUUGAGUCCUGGAUCUGACCCAACCCCCGACCUGGUGAAACUCGCUGGUCGAUGUGGAAUAUCAUCAAAUGAAUUUGAAUUUCUAUCACUUGGACAAGGACAGGAACAAAUUGCAUUUAAGUUUUUGAGUUUAGCAAUGAAUGAGGGUCACUGGUUAAUGUUCCAAAAUUGCCAUUUAUUGAUAAAUUUUCUAUACGAUCUUGAAAAGAUAUUAGAUAGAACGAGCAAAAUUCAUCCAGAUUUUAGACUAUGGUUAGCUACUGAAGCUACCCCAUUUUUUCCCGUAUCAGUACUACAAAGAUCCUUAAAAGUGGUUACUGAGCCACCCAAUGGACUGAAAUUAAAUAUUAAAAAUACUUAUACUAAAUUGAAACAAGAAACUUUGGACGAGUGUGCUCACCCAGCAUACAAAUCAUUAAUAUACGUUCUUGCAUUUUUCCACGCAGUUGUUCAAGAGAGAAGAAAAUACGACAAAAUUGGUUGGAAUAUUGCUUAUGAUUUUAGCGAAUCAGACUUUUCAGUUUGCGUGCAAAUUCUGAUUAAUUAUUUAAAUAAAACUUUAAAUGAUGGUGUCGAUUCUCCAUUGCCAUGGGAUACAUUGAGGUAUUUAAUUGGAAAUGUAAUGUAUGGUGGACGUGUGAUUGAUAGUUAUGAUCAGAGAACUGUAAAUACAUUUAUGGAAGAAUAUUUCGGCCAAUUUAUACUUGAUGAAUUUCAAAAAUUUUAUUUUCACUAUGAUAAAAAUAUCUACUAUGAUUUACCAAUGUUUGAAAUGAAAGAUGACUAUUUAAACUCAAUAGAUGAACUACCUAUUAUCAGUGGACCGGAGGUACUUGGUCUUCAUUUUAAUGCUGAGAUGGGAUAUUUUACAAAAGCCUCAAAAAAUAUGUGGGAUAAUCUACUCAGAUUACAGCCACAAACUGAAUCAUCCGACUCUGGGGAGAGCCGCGAAGAAUCAAUAGAUGCUGUAGCUGAUGAUAUAUUACAAAAAUUACCUGACCUAUUCGUCAUUAGAAAUGUCAAAAAAAUGUACGAAAAUAAUUUUACACCCAGUACCGUUGUCUUGCUCCAAGAGUUGGAAAGAUUCAAUAUACUGAUAAAAAAAAUUAGGGUCACAUUAACGAUGCUACGAAAAGCUUUAUUGGGUGAAAUUGGAAUGGAUCCUAUAUUAGAAAGCGUAUCUUCGUCACUUUACAACGGUCAAAUACCAAAUGUUUGGAUGAAGUUGGCACCACAAACGUGUAAAAACCUUGGUGGGUGGAUAGAACAUUUUGUUUCAAGAACUGAACAGUAUGCAGAGUGGAGCUCAAUUGGAGAACCUCUGGUUAUGUGGUUAGCUGGCCUUCACGUACCUGAAUCAUAUUUGACAGCUAUCGUACAGAUGGCGUGCAGAACGAAUGGAUGGUCAUUAGAUCAUUCUACUUUAUAUACAACGGUUACUAAAUAUACAGAUAAAGACGAUGUAGAAAAUUCACCAAAUACGGGUUGUUAUAUAAGUGGAAUAUUUAUUGAAGGAGCGCGUUGGGAUAUGGACGCACAGUGUUUAGCCGUCUCCAAAACAAACAUAUUGAUAGAAAAUCUGCCAAUUAUCUUAAUUGUACCCAUCGAAGCUACCAAGCUGAAAUUACUAAACACUAUUCGUACUCCAGUGUACACCACAUCUCUGCGGCGAAAUGCAAUGGGAAUCGGAUUAGUAUUUGAAGCAGACUUAAGAACAUAUAUUCAUAACAGUUUUUGGAUUUUACAAGGCGUUUGUCUAUUAUUGAAUGACGAUUAA